CCCCCAAAUGUCAGAACAGUACAGAUAUCCCCCAAAUGUCAGGACAGGACAGAUAUCCCCCAAAUGUCAGGACAGGACAGAUAUCCCCCAAAUGUCAGGACAGGACAGAUGUCCCCCAAAUGUCAGGACAGGACAGAUAUCCCCCAAAUGUCAGGACGGUACAGAUGUCCCCCAAAUGUCAGGACAGGACAGAUAUCCCCCAAAUGUCAGGACGGGACAGAUAUCCCCCAAAUGUCAGGACAGGACAGAUGUCCCCCAAAUGUCAGGACAG